CUGAAUCUGGAACCGAGAAGAGAGAAACAGCUAGGGCUUUUGGCAAAGCCCCUGCCGUUUGACACUGAGCCCGCUGCUCGUCUCUCCCACUCGCCAUGGCGGUAAGAUGGGCUCCCGCCACCCGAUUCCAGGUCGCCGCCGCCCCGACCAACAGGAGACAAGUGAGGAGGGCCGCCGCCGGAGCAUGCCCUUCGAUUCGGUGUGCUGUUCGGUUUAGGCCCUGCAUAGACAUUCACAAGGGAAAAGUAAAACAGAUAGUUGGUUCAACUCUACAAGAUUUGAAUAAAGAGACUACUUCUUCCCUUAUAACUAAUUUUGAAUCAGACAAAUCGCCUUCAGAAUUUGCAGAUUUGUACAGGCAGGAUGGUCUUGUUGGUGGCCAUGUGAUAAUGCUUGGUGCUGAUGCCUCUAGCAUGUCUGCAGCACUUGAAGCUUUACGUGCGUAUCCUGGUGGUUUACAGAUUGGGGGUGGUAUCAACUCUAGCAAUGCUCAGAGUUAUAUCGAUGAAGGUGCCAGCCAUGUGAUAGUCACUUCAUAUGUUUUCAGUGAUGGAAAAAUGAAUGUUGAACGGCUGAAAGAUCUGGUUAAGCAAAUUGGGAAAGAAAGGUUGGUCUUGGAUCUUAGUUGUCGAAAGAAGGAUGGGAAUUAUGUCAUUGUAACUGAUAGAUGGCAGAAGUUUAGUGAUGUAGUUCUUGAUGAAAACACAAUUGGCUUUCUUGCCACAUAUGCUGAUGAAUUCCUUGUUCAUGGGGUGGAUGUUGAGGGAAAAAGGCUUGGAAUUGAUGAGGAGCUAGUGGCUUUGCUAGGCCAAUUUUGUCCUAUUCCAGUGACAUAUGCCGGUGGAGUCACAACGAUGUCUGAUUUGGAGAGGAUAAAGGCGGCAGGCUCGGGGCGUGUAGAUGUCACAGUUGGUAGUGCACUUGAUAUAUUUGGCGGUAAUUUACCAUACAAGAAUGUGGUCGAGUGGCAUAAGAAUCAAUCUGUGGCGGUUCCUUAAGAUAAAAGAAGCAUGCAUUGGAUUAUGACUGGGUUACUGGCUCGACCUGGUGAUUUAUGCUAGAGAGGGUGUGGUGUGUAGUAUUCAUUGCUUUACUCGGAGAUAGAAACAGAAUCCCCAAACUAAUUUGUAAGCGUGUUGAAAGAAAAGCGGUCUGACCUUGGGAUGGAAGGAGUCGUCUUUCCUUUUUCUUUGUUGUAAUUUGAAAAGGCUAAUGGCGCAGGGCUGCUGAUUGACAAAUGACAUGAUCCAUUGGCAUCAGGGUUGUCAAAAUCGUUGUGGAUAAACCUGAAUUAGCCAAUUCAAGUUGAAUCAGAAUGUUUAUAUUCGAUUCGACAUUUAAUUGAAGGGGCAAGUGGCAUAUCUUUUUUAUUUUUCA